AUGGGUUUCCCUUUACGCUUCUUAUCGUCAUUGUUGUUGUGCCUCUUGGCCCUCCUCCUCCACCGGGCCACGGUGACAAGUGGGUGUUUCAGCAUGGAGAGGGAGGCACUGUUGGACUUCAAAGCCGGCAUCCACGACACCCAUAACCGGCUAUCUUCUUGGGUAGGCCAAGACUGCUGCGCAUGGGAGGGGGUCAUCUGUGGUGCCACCACUGGCCACGUCGUCAUGCUCGACCUCCGAAACACAAAUAUUACAGAUAAUCGGGCAUUACGCGGUGAGAGGAUGAACUCGUCAUUGCUUGCUUUAUCUCAUCUGAAGCACUUGGAUCUUAGCUUCAAUGAUUUCAGAGGAAUCCGCAUACCGGAAUUCAUCGGCUCCUUCAAGAAACUGAGAUACCUCAAUCUAUCUUCUACAUAUUUCAUGGGAGGAAUACCUGCUCGGCUGGGGAACCUUUCGAGCCUCUACGUUCUUGAUCUAAGCGAUGCUUUAGAUUUUGCAUCCCAUGUUGACAACCUCGACUGGCUCUCCCAUCUUACCUCCCUGAAGAACCUGGACUUGAGCUGGUUGAAGCUAACCGGUGCCCCAGAUUGGUUCUCAUCCGUGAACAUGCUGCCAUCCCUCCAAGUGUUAAGUAUGUUUUACGUUGGUCUCGAUACCAUCCCUGCUUCUGUUGUCCAUGUCAACUUCACCUCCUCUCUUACCGUCCUUGAUCUCUCCUAUAAUCAUUUCAACUCCACCUUACCCAAAUGGUUGUGGAAUAUUAGCAGUCUUACCCAUCUUGAUCUUCAUGAAUCUGGGUUCUAUGGGGUUAUUCCUGAUGCAAUUGGAGUUACCCAAAUGGUAGUGGGUUCUAUGGGGUUACCUUUUGUGUGCACUCCCUCACCAUAUGCGGCCCUCCGUACAAGAAGCAUCCUCCAGGUUUCGGGGCCUUGCAUUUCGGGCUUGGCCCUUUGUGGGAACUCUUCUUCCUUUGUUCGCCCCCGAGCUCCUUCCCUCGAGAAUAUUUUGGAAGGCGAUUGCCUGAAGAUUGUUUUCUUUUUCCCAAGUCUUCGGAGGAAAUAA